UUUCCUGGGGACGUUACGUAGACUGCUGCAGCUGUAACCCGGGGGACGGUGAGGUGUGGCCGGCUGAGCACUCCUCUCCCACGGGGGGCUUCACUGUAAACACCCGGAGCUCGCAGAAAGACACCAUUGUUUUACGCGCCGGGCUCUCCAUUUACGCACGGCUCCUUUUACGCACAGACACGGAGUAACCGAACACGUCUGAAACUCAACUCCGCGGGGUCACGUGAUCACCCCAAAGUUUUUUGGGGGGACUGGAAAAGUAAGACAGAGUAAAGUAAGGUGAGGACGGAGCUGGAGUGUGACUAGCGCGGUAAAAAUAGCCCGGGUUGGGGGAUUGUGUUUUGGAGAGGACCGCUAUGACGGGUGUUUUCGAGGACUGAAGCGGUCAGACAAAACAGGUGGAUUUCUGCGUCUUGAAACAGAUCCCUGAGGAGGAGACAUGCCAGCCCCCCCUCCACCACCACCCCCUCCUCCACCACCACCGGCCGCACCUCCGCCCCGACCAGCCCCUAGCGCUGCUCUGCCACAGUGUCCAGAGCCCCCUAAGCCCCCACCCCUCUCUGGAGGCGGAGGAGGAGGGGGGAGGAAUGCCCUUUUAGCUGACAUCCAGAGAGGGGCCCGGCUGAGGAAGGUCAUUCAGACUAAUGACCGCAGUGCUCCGGCUCUGGACAAGCCAAAGCCCAGUCCUGGAGAUGGUUCAGUUGCUUCUCAGGCCUCCUCAGGUGGGACAGCACCCAUGGGACCUUCUCUAGGGGGGCUGUUCGCUGGAGGUUUUCCCACCCUCAGGCCCAUCGGACAGAGGGACCUCACAAGCAAGACCCCAGUGUUCAGGUCCAGCUCCACUGCCUCUCUGAAGCCCCUGUGGAACACCCCACCCACAUCAUGUGAUCCUAGCUCCGCCCCUGACCUAUCCAAAAUAAGCUCCUCCCACCGACCCCUAGCCCCCUCCUCCUCUGCCCCUCCCUCCCCCUCCAACGGUAGCCGGCUCCAUCCCCUGACACAGACUCCGCCUCCUAUGCCCAUCUCUGCACCUCCUCCACCUCCAUCAGCCCCUCUCUCAGCCCCGCCCCCUCCACCUCCUAUCCCACUAUCCGCUCCUCCCCCUCCUCCUCCUCCCUCAGCCCCGCCACCUCCGCCUGCUGUCCCAGUCUCGGCUCCUCCCCCACCCCCUCCUCCUCCCCCAAUUCCUCUUUCUGCUCCCCCUCCACCGCCGGCCCCACUUUCACCGCCUCCGCCUCCUCCUAUGGCCUUCCAGGACCGUCCUGUCCACCGUCCGCCACCUCUACCCACCUGCCCCCCUCCACCACCCCCCUCCCUCUCCCAGCUCACCAGACCAACCUGGUUGCCCGUACAGAGCUGUGCUCCUCCCCCUCCUCCUCCCCCCGCAUGCUAUGUACCGGGCGAUCGCUCCUCGGGUGUGUUCUACCCCCCCUCGCCAUGCAGCCUCUUGGGACCACCUCCUCCACCCCCUCUGCCCACCUCCUUUACCCCCACCUGCCCCUCUAGUCUGCCACCGCCGCCGCCCAAAGUGCCGCCGGUGCCCUCUCCUGCCAUGCGCUCCCUGCCUCCGUCCUACCCCUGCCACGCCCCAACCCGCAGGCCUCCUGCUGUGCCCAGGAGUGCAGGUCGUCUGGCCCCACCUCCGGCUCCUCCCACUCGCUCUCCCACCACAGAACUGUCUAAUCGCAUCCCGCCCCCUCCGCCCCCGCCCCCCCUGCCCCCCUCCAGCCUGAGGAACGGGCACCUGCACAGUCUGGAUGAUUUUGAGUCCAAGUUCCAGUUCCACCCUGUAGCAGACCUCCCGCCUCCAGAAGAGUUCAAGCCCUUCCCUCGGGUCUACCCCAGCAAAGAAAACAGAGGUCCUCCAAAGCCCCCUGCCAUCCGGACCCACAUCAGAUGAUCUGCCCCGGCCACAGUCUCUGUCGUUAUGGUUUCAGUUUCAGCACGUGUGUGUUUGGAUGCUUGUGUUUGGAUGUGGAAGCAAGUGCGCCUUAGACUGUGUGACCUUUGACCUUUCCGGUGUGGUAUGUUUUGAAUGCAGUUGUGGGCUGUCCUUUCUCAUAAAGCUACUCUGUACAAAUUUAGCCUACAAACUCAGGCUAAAUUUAACUUUGUCUCACAUUUCAGUAUUCUCUAUACAAGUUUACUGUAAAUAUCUCACGACAACCAAAACAUCAUUUUCCUUAGUGUUGAGACAAUUUAAUGUACUGUACUUUUAAGAAUAGUUUCACACUAUACUUUUGACUUUAAAACUAUUAUUUAGCAGUAACUGUAAUCUUUCUUCAGUAAAAAUUGCCCUCUGCAAGUUCUAUAUGUGCAUUUCUUAUACUUUAUCAAUAGAUAUCAUUUACACUUUUAAAGGUGCACUGAACAACUUUUCUGCAAGUGGGUCCACUACCUGCUAGUCUCCAUGGAGAUGAUAUUGCUUUGCUUAGAUUGUUCCACAACAGGAUGUUUAACUUGUAUAUCUCAGUGAAGAAAAGCAGAUGACAGCACCAGGUCAGAUCUGUGGAGAAGCCAGCCUACUCACAAUAAGAAUGCACGUUUUACAAGGUAUUGUUUUAGCAGUAAAAACGAUAAUUGAAAAAAUAUUCAAGCAUAUUAAUAAUAUCUUCAUGGAGACAGGCAGGUGGCAGAUCCCCUACUAGAAAAGUUACACAGUUCAUCUUAAAAAUUUGGUCAUUGGGAAUGUUUUUUUUUCUACUAAGAUCAAUACUAAAACCUAAAUGUAUCUCUAAAUUGUACUGUAUACGCAGAUAACAUAUCUUAAAAACACACAUGGAUAAUCAUAGAUAAUGUAUUAACAUAAGAAAUGCAAAAUACCAUUCCAAAGGUCCCCAAAAUGUAGAACGCUGCAGUAAAGCAUGUGUCACCUUUAACUAUUCCUUGGUGCUUGAAUACUUUUAAAUUACAGUUGCUUUCCAUGGUUGUUAUAUUUGCUGAAAAUACACUAAGAAUUCUUUACAGUUAUCUCAUAAACAUGAUAACAAUUGUAAUACUGAUUUAUUCUUAAUUAGAAAAACAUUAGACAUGAUGGCCUAUUUAUUAAUGUUAUAAUUUGGUGUUUUGGUUCUCAAGACGAUUAUCCAAUCAGAAAUCAGAAUGAGCCUCACAUGAGUCUUUUAUUUGAGUUGCCAGUUUCAUUGCUGAAUGAAGUUGUUUUAAAUCUAAAACACCUCUCUCUGAUCUGAAUUGUCACUACCUAAACCCCAGCACAUGCAUCAUUCAUCAGAGCUAGUGCAGCCUGUGUAGCUCUGUUAGUGAGUUCUGGAGGUUCUGAGCUUUCAGCCUGUCCAUAUAGAAUGAGAAAAACGUGUAUGUGUAGUCUAUCUGCAGGUUAAGGCACUGGCAACCCAGGUAAAAAAAACCCAAAAAACUUUAAGAGCACAGGCUAGAUACAGUUCCUGUAAGUAAAACAUACUAGCCAGUCCCAAACCUAUAGAAAUGGAGGGUAUAUAUGGCCACUAAAAAUAUUAUGUAUUAAUGAUGUUGUGAGGUGCUGUGUUCAUAUUGUCAUUCUCUUCAUUUUUACGACUUUUCUGUUUCAUAUGUUCUUGCCUGACGAUGUGCAAAUGUUUAUAUUUUGUUUUAAAUGUAAAAUCUUGUAGUUCAUAAUAUAUUUGGUGUAAUGUGAAGUGGUCUGAGAGUCUGGUUUCUGUUGAUUUGGAGUGUUUAUGAUGGUGGAGCUGCUAUUUACACCAGUUUAACCAAAGAGAACUCUGCCACCUGCUGGAGGAGAGUGUGAAUAAGACCAAAUAAAGCACAGUAUUUACAA